UUUUCAGGGAAACAAGAAGCAGCAGAAGCUACUCUAGAGGCUCUGAAAGUCGUACCUGAACCGCUUGGAAAGUGGGCUUCUAUCUUGGUGGAAAUCUGUGCUUACGCUGGUGAGUCUCACCCAUUUAAGUUGUUUUGAAAAAUCGAUAAAUUGUACACAAAUUGUUGAAUUGACUAACUUACUUGUGGAGGAAAGUUUCAUAAUUCAUAACACAGGAGAACGUUUAAACUGUUUUUUUUGUUUUUGUUUGUGUGUUUGUUUUUUUAAAGUUAACGUGGAACGUAUUUUAAGGACCCUCAAAACUGAGCCAUUAUAAUUCACUUUCCAAGUUCAGGGUCAGAUUGUAACUUUGUUUCGGGUGUGUCCUCCUAGCCUGUGUAGCAAGCGUCAGCAAAGAAAGACCGAGGAACGGGAUUUUCGGUUCUGGCCGCGCGAAAAACUCGUUCCUCGUUCCUUGCUCCGAAACCAAACGGAAACGCCAAACUUGUAAAUCACUGUUGUUUGAAGGUACUGGAAACGUUCUGAAAAUCCAAGAGAUGCUACACAUCUGCAGUGAACACUUUGAACAGAAGGACGAAGAAGAGAAGGAGAAAGAUUCCAAAGAUAAAGACAAAGAUAAAGAUAAGAAGGCUGAGAAGUCAGAUGAUGGCAGUCAUCAGGGUGUGGCAGUGUUAGGUAUCGCUUUAAUGGCCAUGGGUGAGGAGAUUGGUGCUCAGAUGGUGCUCAGAACAUGUAAUCAUUUGGUAUGUAUCCAGGACAAGUCACCCUUUAAAACUUUUCUAUCGUCUUAUUUUGCUUGUCAAAAACAACAACAAUCAUAAAACGUCUCAUACCUCUCUUUUGCGCACCAAUUCAAGCUCUGUUGGAUUGUUGAUAGUAUUCUUUGACCUUAUUAAACUUUAAUAAGGUCAAAGAAUACUAUCAGCAAGGAACGCGGGGCCAUAAAAGCGUAUUUUAAACUUCGUGGGCAGUGGGGUGAAAGGAAGUGCGAUUUUUUCAGUCUUUUGUUUGCUGUUCCCUUUCAGUGUUUCGAUCGUCAUCUGAAAAUUGUCUUUUUAUAGAUUUAAAUCACACAAGUAAACAGCGCGUUCAUGUUAGAGAACUUACGCACCAAGCGCGAGAAUUUUGCUUGAAAAAUGCAAUAAAUUAUUUCAGCAAGGGUCGGGGGCAUAGAACCGUCUUUUAAACUUCGUGGGCAGUGAGGUGAAAGGAGGUGCGAUUUUUUCAGUCUUUUGUUUGCUGUUCCUUUUCAAUAUAUUAAUCGUCAUCUGAAAAUGAGCUUUCUUUUGUUUGAUUUAAAUCACACAAGUAAACAGCGCGUUCAUAUUAGAGAAGUUACGCUCCAAGCGCGAGAAUUUUGCUUGAAGAGAGCAAUAAAUUAUAUCAGUUUAAAAGGGUCGGGGGCACAGAACCGUGUUUUAAGCCUCGCUGGCAGUGAGGUGAAAGGUGUUAUUUUGUUCCUUUAUUGUUUACUUACGCUCUUCAAUGCAUUCAAUGGGAUGUGAUUUUUAUUCAAAGAAGUUAAUUCUUGUUCAAACAAACGACUGUAAAAUAUAACCGUCAUUUACAUGAAGAAUAAAAUUUCCUGGCGCAGAAUUCAAACAGUGCCAACUCGGCAACAGAAUAUAAGCAAGCUGUUAAAACCACUGAUCAGAGCGCCGCGCUCAAACCACCUCCUUCGAUUCAAUCCGUGGUUAAAGUUCCUUAUAAUUGUUACUACGAUGUUUACCAUAAAAAAUGAAGUAUGUUUUCUUAAAAUUUGCAGCCAGUACGCGAAGCGCAAAAUAAACAAUACAGUUUGGGUUUGUUCGUCUCAAAUCUCGUCUGUUCGGCACUUGCCUUACCCCUCACUACUGCGUCGUCCGUUUCGCCAGUCAACUAACAGUCCUACCCACCCCCUAAGGUGAAAUUGCUCCUUACUUCGGCACCACCGAAAAUUCAAAUCUCAUCGGAAAGAAGUAAUCGGUAAUGUUGAAAAUUGCCGUGCGAAAAAGCUAUUGUUUCACGUUGAUCGUUUUUGUCCUUAAAAGGCAAGAAACGAUCAAAAAAAGCAAUACAAAACAAUACCUAUUGUUCUCGAAUUCAGGUCGCUUUUCGUGAUACGAAAAUCGAUUAUCGUAACAGCUACCACUCUAAAAAAACAAGAAUUUCAGCCGAGAAAUACCGCCGUUAUUAUAAGGUGGACUGGCUUGACGAUUUCUUUCUCUCGUCUCCAAUUUCCUCGCCUUUCGUCGCGUUAGCCAGCGUUAUUUAAUGCCUCAUUCAGUUUUUCUUCAAAAGUUGCGUACGUUUUUUAAAACAGUAACGGGUAACGAAUCCUUGUUAUUAGGUCGGUAGCGGCUUGAAAUGUCAUCAUCUGACUAACAAACCUGAGGCCGACGGUGCACUCAUUAUACGGGUAUUUUAAGAUACUUAAAGUUGCGUGGAAAGGAAGAAAGUCGAAGCAAGGAUUUGAGGUGACACUAGGGAAUCGAACUCUUCUCGUAACCUCUCGCAAAGAGAAGGUUUUCUGUUUUGCCUUCAUGGAGGCUUAUUAAGUGACCGCUCUGUAACAGCGUUGAUGUUGUCUUGUUUCAGCUGCAGUACGGUGAACCGGUGAUACGCCGUGCAGUUCCAUUGGCUCUGGCCCUCCUUUCAGCUUCUAAUCCUCAACUAAGUAUUAUCGAUACUCUCAGUAAGCUGUCUCAUGACAACGAUGCUGAAGUGGCACAUAACUCUAUCUUCGCCAUGGGAAUUGUAGGAGCAGGUACGUUUGUUACUGAAGCUUUAUUGCCGGGGAUUGAGGGGAGGAACUCCAGGAAAGUCUCAGUGGGUAUACUCCACAAAAUCUUACCCAAUUGCACACCUGAACCACUGUUUCGAAGAUAAGAGUGAUAGAGCGAUUUUCGUAUGACCCUGAAAUCGCGGGAACAAAACAGAAACAAACGGGCGGAAAUAAAGCGAUUUGAUUGGUUUAUCGAACGGAUACAAACGCGUCUGGAUUUUUGGUUGGUUAAGCGAACGCUCGGGUGAAAAAGCUUCAUGCCCGAAAACUUUCUAGAAAUCAAUCGAUACUUCUCUUUGACGUCAUGCUGCAACACAAAAGGCCAAUCGGACAAUGCCUUCUCCAUAUUAGGGUUUCUUUGGCGGGAAGACGAAGAGGCCAUGUUUUGAUCUUUUUAUCCAUUGGCUGAUCAAACAAAUGACGAACACUCACCGAAACCAUUUUUCAAGGACAUGCGAAAAUCGCUUUAAGAAAAUACCCAGUUCAAGACUCUGGCUCAAAGCGCAAAACCUUACCCCAUUUCAGACCAAAAAAUGGCUAAAAUCUAUACCCCCCAUCUCAGACUAAAUAAAACGUAGGCGACUUUCCCCGCGCUCUAUUCUAGAUUCAUUUUGUGGCGAACGAAUCACUAAUGAUCAAAACCCAAAGAAACCAAAAACAGAAAAUUUUGUAUCUCCAAAGUAAGACUAAAAUGCAAUUUUAAAAAUAGAAUAACCCCAUUCCUACCAAACGGUCUUUACCUCACUGAGUUGUAGUAUCGAGUUUUAACAUGCAUCAAUAUUGUGUCCAAGGUAAAUUUCGAGUUCAUCUUUGUUGAUAGUACUCUUUGAGCUUGACCUUCUCGUUUCAAAAACUAUUAAACUUACAGUAUAAACGUAGUGUGGCUCGUGACAGUGAAUCUCAAGGAGAACGGGCAUAACCGAAGAUAUUAAUUUAGAUUGCGAGCAGUCUCUUAUUUUUCUUUUGAGUCACAGUAGAUCGAGAGCGCGUGUGAGGGGCCGCGAGGAACGAGGGCGGAAGCCCGAGCGAAGAAAAAUUAAUAUCUCCUCCUUUUUUUCUCUUGCCGUACGUGGCUCUGAGGAAAGAAAGACGACCGCUUGCGGUCUAAUGUUAAUUGUGUACAGCUAUAAAAUCUGAGAUGUACAGUACACUUGCGUCCAGAGUUCAGAUGAUCUUUGUGUUACUUGGGAAUACAUAUUUUCGCAGACAAAUGAUGCGGGUUGUUCUGUGAAUUUGUUGUGCACAGGUACCAAUAAUGCCAGACUUGGUGGAAUGUUACGGCAGCUGGCCAUGUACUACCACAAGGAUGCUAACAAUCUGUUCAUGGUGCGACUUGCACAGGUCAGAAGGGGUUAAUUUUUAAUAGACUUUUCACAGUCCCUUAUUUUUCCGUAAGAUCGUCGAGAUCGAAAACUUUGCGUCCUGGGGGACCAUCUUGGAUGAGUGUCAAUUCUACUGAUGAAACCAAGAUGGCCGCCCGUACCGAUAAGCGCUUGAUCCUGACGAUCUGACGAAACAAAAGGGGACUGUGGACAGCGUAAUUAAAAAACUUAGAUAAACACAGUUGAGUGUGUUGGUGCUGCAUCGGUUGGGCGUUUAAACCCUGAAGUUGAAAUUUGCAUACACCGCAGUAAUUGUCCGUCCUUACACAAUCAAAAACAUCCGCAUCUACGUACUAUUUCAGCGCGCUCCUAACAGUGGCAAUGCUCCGGGAUGAAGUCCCGAGAAGCAACCACGACGGCGACGGCGACGGCAUCGAAAGUGUAUUCCCGUUAUUUCACGCUUCAUUCCCGGCGAUUGUUCCAACUCGCGGCACAAUUUGUCAAAUGCUGGUGGAUGUUCCUAAAGCUGUGUUUAAGUCCUCUACUAAACGUCACGCAAGAGAAUUUGACAUUUUAGUCGUCCUGUGACGGCCAAGAAAUCAUGGUUCCAUAAAGUGUGAUGCACGUGCAGAACUGUUGUUUUUCCUAUAAAACCUGUUGCUUUUUCAAGUUCCCGUUGCCGUCGCUGUAAUGUUUGCUUUCACUUCUCUAUCACAACUCUUCCAAUAUCAGCAACUACAUAAAUGGGAAUUUGAGAAAUAUGACCAACUUUGCUACACGACAACUUCGGUCAGUGCCUUUACAUGGUGGCUGUGGGAAAAGAUUUCCGUACCAACAAUUUCUUUUUGCUGUUUAUCGUCAGGGUUUAGUUCAUCUUGGUAAAGGAACCCUUACACUUGGUCCUUAUCACUGUGACCGUUCACUGAUGAUGCCAGUAGCUGUAGGUGGCCUCUUGUCUGUUCUCGUGUCAUUCUUGGAUGUCAAAAAUGGUAAG